UAAUAUUUUACUUUACUACUUUAAUCAGUAAUCUGAUUUGUGCAUUGGUCAGAAUUUGCCAUUUUUAAGGACAUUUAAGAUAUAUCUUCAUUUUAAUAGAAGGCUACAUCACCAUCUUUCUACUUAAGUCUUUUUUGAUCAGAACUCAAUCAGAAGCUUUCUUUUGGCAUGAGAGAAGUAACAGCCUCUCCCUGUGAGCUUUUACUGUUGGACUAGCUUACAGUCAGCUAUGUUCCGCUUGUGGUCAGGAUCUGUGACUUCCCAGCAGUUACAGUCUUGACUGGAGUAAAGGCAAUGGAAACCUUUCCAAAUGGAAAGUUCUCAAACUGGAUAGAGCAGGAACCAGCAGCCCCACUUUGCCAGCAGAUGUAGGGAAACGGUGCAGGACGCCAUUGGGAGACAAACGCACCUGAUUAUUUCCAGCAGGGAUACGGUUCAGAAAUUUUAACCUUAUGUUCAUCUGUACUGAGUGGAAAUAUUUUUAGUUGGCAUAUGUAAUUCCAAGGAUCUGGGUUGGCCCGUUUUACAUGCUAAGCAUUAGAAAAAAUUCGUUUGAUAGAGCAGCCCUUUUACGUUCCCCUAUCAGAACAGACAGAAGUCCUUUGUGGAAACCAUGUCUGGGGCCCGUCAGCUGGGCCCACCUUGCGCAGCUGCAGUAGUGAGCUGAAAGAGCGUCUAGAGGUCGGACUUUUGCAGCCACAGUAGCUGCAGAAAGAAUGUCUGUGGUUCUCACCUUGUGCAAUCGCAGAGGCCGGCUGAAAGGGUGUUCAUAGGUCGCGCCUUGCGCAGCCCCAGUAGCCAACCGAAAGUGUGCGCAUAGGUGACACCUUGCGCAGCCGCAGUAGCCAGCUGCAAGUGUCUAUAGUUCCCACCUUGCGCAGCCGCAGUAGCCAACCGAAAGUGUGUGCAUAGGUGACGCCUUGCGCAGCCGCAGUAGCCAGCUGCAAGUGUCUAUAGUUCCCACCUUGCGCAGCCGCAGUAGCCAACUGAAAGUAUGUGCCUAGGUGACGCCUUGCGUAGCCGCAGUAGCCAGCUGCAAGUGUCUAUAGUUCCCACCUUGCGCAGCCGCAGUAGCCAACGGAAAGUGUGUGCCUAGGUGACGCCUUGCGUAGCCGCAGCAGCUUGCUACAAGAGUGUCUAUAGUUCCCACCUUGCGCAGCCGCAGUAGCCAACGGAAAGUGUGUGCCUAGGUGACGCCUGGCGCAGCCGCAGUAGCGGGCUGAGGAAAGAGCCAACGGUCACAGGUUCUUUUCUUUUGAGCUUCAAAGGCUGUCAGCACUUUUUUUUCUCUUUUUCCUUCACCUCUUGAGUGAGUAGCUAUGAGCUGGGCUGUGGUAGUCCUGCGGACCAGCCAGAGGGUGGGCGCAAAGAGAGUGAACUUGCUGUGCCCGGCAGUGGCUCUGAGUCCCCGGCGGCCGGCGGGCCUUCCUCUCGGGGAUGCCUGGCCCGUCGCCCCCGCGUCCAAGAUGGCGACGGUCAGGUGUGAGCUUAUGAAGAACUUCUCCUCAGAGGAGGCUGUUCAUAGCAAUAAGAUCUCCAUUGUAGGAACUGGAUCGGUUGGAAUGGCCUGUGCUAUCAGCAUCCUAUUAAAAGGCUUGACGGAUGAACUUGCCUUGGUGGAUGUUGAUGAAAGCAGAUUGAAGGGUGAGACAAUGGAUCUUCAACAUGGCAGUCCUUUCGUGAAAAUGCCAAAUAUUGUUUCCAGCAAAGAUUACCUUAUCACCGCAAACUCCAACCUUGUGAUUAUCACAGCGGGUGCACGCCAGGAAAAAGGAGAAACACGCCUUAAUUUAGUCCAGCGAAAUGUGACCAUCUUUAAAUUAAUGAUUUCCAGUAUUGUUCAGUACAGUCCUCGCUGCAAACUGAUUGUCGUUUCCAAUCCAGUGGAUAUCUUAACUUAUGUAGCAUGGAAGUUGAGUGAAUUUCCCCAAAACCGUAUUAUUGGAAGUGGUUGUAAUCUGGACACUGCCCGUUUCCGUUUCUUGAUUGGGCAAAGGCUUGGUAUCCACUCUGAAAGCUGUCAUGGGUGGAUCCUUGGAGAGCAUGGAGACUCAAGUGUUCCUGUGUGGAGUGGAGUGAACAUCGCUGGUGUCCCUCUGAAGAAUCUGAACUUAGAUAUAGGAACUGAUAAAGAUCCUGAGCAGUGGAAAAAUGUUCACAAAGAUGUGGUUGCUAGUGCCUAUGAGAUUAUUAAAAUGAAAGGUUAUACUUCUUGGGCCAUUGGCCUAUCAGUAGCUGAUUUAACAGAAAGUAUUUUGAAGAAUCUUAGAAGAGUGCAUCCAGUUUCCACCAGAAUUAAGGGUCUCUAUGGGAUAAAUGAAGAAGUGUUCCUCAGUGUUCCUUGUAUCCUGGGAGAGAGUGGUAUUACUGACCUCAUAAAAGUAAAGUUGACCCCAGAGGAAGAGGCUUAUCUGCAGAAGAGUGCAAAAACACUUUGGGAAAUUCAGAAGGAGCUUAAGUUUUAAAGUUGUUUAAAACUACCAUUCUAAAGCUGAUGAAGAAAAUAUAGUAGUUGUGGAGUUCUGUAUGUCCAGUUUUUAAAAUAAAUUUGAAUUCCUAAAAGUUG